AUCAGCUGUCAAAAGCGAUUGUCAAAAAGUUGCAUUCGAUAUUUCAAAAUCGUGGUGUGUACGUGCGGGAAAACGUUCUUUCGUGACAACCACAGUAAAUUUCUGUAGCAAAUGGCAUCAAAAAUAGUGGCAACAGCCACAGUACGUGCUGUAAAGCAUCGGAAGCUGCUUCCUAUGAGAGCAGCACUAUCUCUGACACCGGCAGCAGUGAACAGGAUAAAGCAAUUGUUAGAAGGCAAAAAUGAAUUCAUUGGCCUAAAGGUUGGUGUACGACAACGAGGAUGUAAUGGAUUGUCCUACACGCUGGAUUACGCUUCAACAAAAGACAAAAUGGAUGAAGAAGUCAUACAGGAUGGUGUGAAAGUGCUUAUCGACAAGAAAGCACAAUUAUCUCUUUUAGGCACGGAGAUGGAUUAUGUCGAAACGGAGCUCUCAUCGGAAUUUGUAUUUAAUAAUCCCAACAUUAAGGGUACGUGCGGGUGUGGUGAAUCUUUCAGCAUGUAAAUGAAGAACAUAGUACGAAAUAGUACGGCGUACUGCGGCUUGCUUCGCUGUGCUAAAAUCCCCUUCUUGUGGGGACUGUUAUUUUAAAUUUGUAAAAUCUAGUUUGAGUUAAACCACUUUGUCCUGUACAUAACAUACAUUAGCUUAGUAGCGCUAUUUUGAGUGUAAUAAAUUAGAUGUGUUGAUAAUUUGAAA